CAGCGACAGCGUCAGCUUGCUCUUGCGGACGUGGUCCUGCCGGCCGCGGCCCACCCACACCUCGGCGAUCUUCAGGAAGCGGCCGCGCGCGCUCUGCUUCACGUCCAGAUUUCCUUCUGAAUAUGCUGUAAGAAUACUUGCAUUUGCUGAAUGUGCCAUGAAAUUGAAAUUGUUGACCGCUGGUGUAGAGAUGUUUACUUAUAAAUGAAGCCAGCAAUCAAGAAUCAUCAUGUAUUUGAAGAAAAUCAACAGAUAACAAGUCAAAUAAGCGAUAUUGUUCACCCUUUAAGAAAAAAAUAUUUCUGAAUAAUCAAAAAACUGGGAUUAUGGUCCACCUGAAGAGCAGUUUGAAGUUCUCUAAACCAGUGUCUCCAAAAUGAGCAUUUCCAUGAUGAGUAAAAAAAAGGAAACACAGCGGAAACUUCCUGAGUGGAUGUCUGUGCAGAAUAAGAAAUGUGAUGUAGAAGAGAAAAAGUCAUCUAUUCAGAAGAGUGUUUUUGAAGAUGACCUCCCCUUCUUAGAAUUCACUGGAUCCAUUAUGUAUAGUUAUGAAGCUAGUGAUUGCUCUUUCUUAGCAGAAGAUAUUAGCAAGAGUCUAUCUGAUGGAUAUGUGGUAGGAUUUGACAUAGAAUGGCCGCCAAUAUACCACAAAGGGCAACUGGGCAAAGUUGCACUAAUUCAGUUGUGUGUGUCAGAAAGUAAAUGUUACUUGUUUCAUAUUCCUUCUGCAUCAGUUUUUCCCCAGGGAUUAAAACUGUUGCUUGAAAAUGAAGCAAUUAAAAAGGCAGGUGUAGGAAUUGAAGGAGAUCAGUGGAAACUCCUACGUGACUUUGAUGUUAAAUUGAAGAGUCUCGUGGAACUAGCAGAUGUUGCCAAUGAAAAGUUGAAAUGUACAGAGACAUGGAGCCUCAAUGGUUUGGUUAAACAUCUCUUAGGUAAACAGCUUCUGAAAGAUAAAGCUGUUCGCUGUAGCAACUGGAAUGAUUUUCCUCUCAGUGAAACACAGAAGCUGUAUGCGGCAACGGAUGCUUAUGCUAGUCUCGUCAUUUAUCGAAAACUGGAAAUUUUGGAGAAUGAUGUGCAAAUAUUUGCUAUAAAUAAAGAGGAGAAAUUAUCACCCCACAGUGUGAAGAAACAGUUGACUUCCAUCUCUGAGGAGAUGAUGAAGCUGGCUGAACACCUUCCGGAUACUUUAAGCAAAUGUGAAGACUCACAGAGGAUGUGUUUACUGCUAAAGGAUAUUUCAAAAAGUUUGUAUUCAUUGAAAAAGAUGCUAUUAGGUUCUUCUGACACCAAGACUGAACUGCACCCCAGCAGUGAUUUCAGCUUAUUGCCAGUUCAGAAUCCAGUUGCUGGUGAAGCACAUCAGAAACAAAUUAGGAAACAUAAAAUUGUUAGUAAAGUUAAAAAUGAGAAAUCUCUUGAUAAUAUAGAAAAUAUAUUUGAAGAUGAAGUAAAACAAGGAGAAAAUAAAUUUGAAGAUCGAUUAGAAGACCAAUCAAAAACAAAUACAGAGAGAACUUGUUUGAUGUCAUUAGAUAUUACAGAUUAUGAACUCCAAAUUUUGGAACAGCAGGCUUCCAGAAAAGUUCUGAGUGGUAUUACUUGCAAAUCUCCGGAGCAUUUGUCUUCUGAGAAUAAUGAAGAGGAUAUGUCUUAUGUAAUUGAAAGUGAUGAAGAUUUAGAAAUUGAGAUGCUUAAGUCUUUAGAAAACCUAAAUAGUGACACAGUGGAUCCAGUUCAUUCAGAAUGUAUAGAAAUGGAAAGUAAUCUGGAUCUUCAUUUUGAAGAAGAGGAUGAUGAGGAUGAAGCGAUUAAAGAGGCAGAAGAAGAUAUUGACCCUUCAUUACCAGAACCUAGUGCAGAGCAAGUUACUUGCCUCAAGACCUACUUUGGCCAUUCCAAUUUUAAGCCUGUUCAAUGGAAAGUAAUUCAUUCGAUACUGAAAGAAAGACGAGAUAAUGUUGUUGUCAUGGCAACUGGAUAUGGAAAGAGUUUGUGCUUCCAGUAUCCUCCGGUUUAUGAAGGUGGGAUCGGCCUUGUGAUCUCUCCUCUUAUUUCUUUGAUGGAAGACCAAGUGCUCCAGCUCGAAAUGUCCAACAUUCCAGCUUGUUUUCUUGGAUCAGCACAGUCAAAAAAUGUUAUAGCAGAUCUUAAAUUAGGCAAAUAUCGAAUUGUAUACAUAACACCAGAAUUCUGUGCUAGUUACUUGGACCUACUCCAGCAACUUGAAGUAAAUAUUGGAUUCACUCUUAUUGCUGUGGAUGAGGCACACUGUAUUUCUGAGUGGGGACAUGAUUUUAGAAAUUCAUACAGAUCUCUGCACUCUCUGAGGAGAGUACUCCCGUUGGUGCCAAUUGUUGCACUCACUGCUACAGCAACUUCUUCAAUCCGGGAAGACAUUAUUCGUUGUUUAAAACUGAAGGAUCCUCAGAUUACUCUUACUAGUUUUGAUCGGCCAAACUUGUACUUAGAAGUUGGACGAAAAACUGGAAAUAUUUGUCAGGAUCUGAAGCAAUUUCUUGUCAGAAAGACAAGUUCUACGUGGAAUUUUGAAGGCCCAACUAUCAUCUAUUGUCUUUCUAGAAAAAUGACAGAACAAGUUGCAGCUCAACUUAGGUUGCUGCAGGUAGCCUGUGAAACAUACCAUGCGGGAAUGAGUAUUAAGUCCAGGAAAGAGGUGCAUCACAAGUUCAUGAGAGAUGAAAUUCAGUGCAUCGUAGCUACCAUAGCUUUUGGAAUGGGAAUUAAUAAAGCUGACAUUCGCAGAGUCAUUCAUUAUGGUGCUCCUAAGGAAAUGGAAUCAUAUUACCAGGAGAUUGGUAGAGCUGGUCGAGAUGGGCUUCCAAGUUCCUGCCACUUGCUCUGGGCUCCAGCAGACAUUGCUUUAAAUUGGAACCGCCUUAAUGAGAUAAAAAAUGAACAGUUUCGAUUAUACAAAUUAAAGAUGAUGGCAAAGAUGAGAAAAUACCUUUAUUCCAGCAAGUGUAGGCGACAAAUCAUCUUGUCUCAUUUUGAAGAUAAACAACUACGAAAAGCCUCCUUGGGUAUUAUGGGAACUGAAAAAUGCUGUGAUAAUUGCAGAUCCAGAUUAAAUCCUUGCCUUGCAAUUGAUGAUACAGAGGAGACUCUACAGGACUUUGGUCCACAAGCAUUCCAGUUAUUAUCUGCUGUGAACAUUUUAGGAGAAAAAUUUGGAAUUGGGGUUCCAAUUUUGUUUCUCCGAGGAUCUUAUUCCCAACGUCUUGAAGAAAGAUAUCGCAAGCACAGUUUUUUUGGCAUUGGCAAAGAUCAAACGGAGAGUUGGUGGAAGGCUUUAUCUUAUCAGCUCGUUAUUGAGGGAUUCUUGAUAGAGGCUUCUGGACACAACAAAUUUGUGAAGAUUUACAAACUUACAAAAAAGGGUAGAAAUUGGCUUGAUAAAGCCAAUGCCGAGUCUGCUCGGAAACUUAUCCUUCAAACUAAUGAAGAAUUAUGUUCAUCGAGGCAUCUACAAAGUUCUAAAACUGUGUCUUCAGGCAGUCGCAGUCAACAGUAUUUCUCUAGACAAGAACCAAUUGAAUUAAGUGCAGAGAGGAAGUCUAACUUGGAGAAGGUUUAUUCUUACAAAACAGUUGAUAAGAUGUCUCCUGGGAAAAACAGUCCUAAAAAAAGCAUCAUGGUGGAGUCAUCAGGGAAAUUUUCCAGAUCUUCAGAACCCGUGGUCUCAGCUCAAGAGCAGGAGACUCAGACUGUGUUAUAUUGCAAAUUAGUAGAAGCCAGGCAGAAACAUGCCAAUAAAAUGAAUGUUCCACCAGCCAUUCUGGCAACAAAUAAGAUAUUGCUGGAUAUGGCCAAAAUGAGACCUACUACUGUUGAAAAUGUGAAAAGGAUUGAUGGGGUUUCUGAAGGCAAAUCUACCAUGUUGGCCCCUCUCUUGGAAGUUAUCAAAGAUUUCUGUCAGUUAAAUACUAUUCAGACAGACUUAUUUUCAAGUGCAGAACCUCAGGAAGGACUGAACAACAGACUGAGGGUGAAGGAAGCCUGUUUGCCGUCACCAUCCGUGUCCAGCACAGACCCUUUAUUCCAAGAAGAGAAGAUGGUUUUGAAGCGUGAAGCUGAGAACAGGAGACUGCCGCUCACAGCAGUUGGCAGGCCCUUAUCCCAAGCGGUGAGGGCUGGCUACCCACUCCAGACGCAGGGAGCAGGCCUGACUCCAGAGGUUCAGAAGAUUAUUGCUGAUGUUAUCCGAAACCCUCCCGUCAACUCAGAUACGAGUCAAAUGAAACUAAUUAGAACGUUAGUUCCUGAAGACAUUGACACAUAUCUUAUCCACAUGGCAAUUGAAAUUCUGGAAAAAGAUCAUAAUAAUAAAUCGUUCUGCCAACCUUCAUACGAUUCCAGCAUAAAGAGGUGUUACCCUGACUCUGAAGAGGGCUGUUCAAGUUCUAAGAGACACAAGGAAGAAGGCAUUAGUACGAAGGUCAAUGAGAAAUGUUUUGAUGAUGUUGCAUUGAAAGAAGAAAGUCAGAGACUAACUUCUUGGGACCAGCCAUUCAGCGAUUCAGAAAUAGAGGAUCUGUUUACAGAUUGUUACCCACAGACUUCCUCUGAGACUUCGAAGGAAAAAUUACCUGCCGAAGGAAAUUAUGUCAGAAAAAAAACAGUAGCCAAAACAAAAAAGAAGGGUCUUUUUAGUUAGGUUGGCUAUUGUCAGAGAGUUUCUGUCUCACUGUGUUGUAAGAGGAGUUCUUACUUUUAAAGAGUAAUAUCUUUUUCAAUUAAGAAACUCUCAAAGUAAAACUCACUUACUUAUUCAACAACUUCUGUCUUAAAACAAUUUUGUACAAUUCACAUAAAGUUUAUAUUUGUGUCAUUGAAAG